AUGGCAACUACCGAACGUUGUGAGGCCCCGUACCCCCUGCCCCUGGAUGCGGGCUUGAGCCGCAGGGAGCAAGAUAUCUUGCUUCCUUCGGUGCCUGCCCAACUCCUGGCGGAGGAUGAAUGGGGGAAACUAAUGAGGAACCGGUAUUCCACCGGGGACCCGCCCGCCCCAGAGCCCCCUAAACUGCGCUGCAAGCGCAGUGGCACGCUGCCAUCGGCUGGCAUCAAGUCAACCAACUUCUGGGAGCGUAUGCUCCAGAAGCGGCGUCAGACUCGGCGGGUUAAACAGGCUCGCAAGGCGCGAGGCCGGCACCGAUCACUUGUAAGUCACAUCCAUGCCUAA